AAUAGAAGAUAUUUGUAGGUUAAGUUAAUCAAAACACAUUUCUCUUAUUAAUGUCAUGUUAAGUACUAAAGAUGCCUGCAUUUAAGAAAUUGAACACUAAAAUUUAUCAAAAAAGUGGACCGUUAAUCACACCAGAUUACAUCUAUUGGAAAAAGUCAGGUGUACCCGUAUUAGUGAAAGAAUUUGGCCCCAUAGAUUACAUAGAUUUUUCACCAAUUGAACCGCACUAUUUCGCCGUUACUUGUUCCGUUCGAGUUCAAGUUUAUAACCCAGUAACUAAAUUAGUUGUAAAAAAUAUAUCUAGGUUUAGAGAAAAUGCUUACGGAGCGGUAUUUCGUUCAGACGGUAAACUUCUUCUUGCAGGAGGCGAAGAAACGAACGUAAAACUAUUCGAUGUUUCCUCAAAAAGUUUAUUGAGGUUAUUCAAAGGGCAUACAGCGCCUGUACACAGAACACAUUUUUUACAUAACGCAGCUCAAAUAAGCACAUUCUCAGACGAUAAAACUGUUAAAAUAUGGGACAUUCCAACAGAAAAAAAUCUGUUAACUUUCACGGGUCAUAAUGAUUACAUCAGAGCAGGUACGACUUGUCCGGCUGUACCAGACGUGGUACUAUCCGGUAGCUACGAUCAUAAAGUUAAAAUGUUUGAUAUUAGAACAGAAAAUGAAGUUUUAACAGUCGACCAUGGUAGUCCAGUGGAAUCUUUACUUUUUCUACCAGCCGGAGGUAUAUUUUUAUCAGCUGGAGGUACGGAAAUAAAAAUAUGGGACAGUUUAGCUGGUGGUAGAUUAAUUGGAAGUAUAUCUCAGCAUCAUAAAACAAUAACUUGUCUCCGACUGGCUUCUGAUAAUAAAAGAUUGUUAUCAGGAAGUCUCGAUAGGCACGUGAAGAUAUACGAUAUUUCUACUUUUAAAACUGUACACACUCUAGAUUUUCCUAACGCCAUUUUAAGUUUGGGGGUUUCUAAAAAUGACGAUACUCUAGUAGCUGGACUAGUAGACGGAUUGGUGUCUAUAAGUAGAAGAGAAGAGGAUAAAGAAGAGAAGAAAUUGGAUAAAAAAUUAUCAUCUUAUCAAUUUAUCAGUAGCACUCAUCAAGUAUCCGUAGAUACUGUAGUUCCUGUACUUACUCACGAGAAAGAAACCAAACACGAUCGUCAUUUGAGAAAAUUUGAAUAUUCUAAAGCUUUGGACAGCGUUCUACUACCAUACGUCGCUAAUAAAAACCCUCAAGUUACCGUUUCAUUGAUACAGGAAUUAAUUCGUCGUAAGGCUUUGGGUAAAGCACUAAAAGCGAAAGAUAAGAAAUCAUUACUGCAAAUUUUGAGAUUUCUUAUAAGAAACAUAACAGAUUGUCGUUUUACUAGAAUUCUCAUUGACGCGGCGAAUAUUUUCUUGGAUACUUACGAAGAUAGUGUGUCAUCUUUACCUCCUGAAGUUGGUAAAUUGUUUAUCGAAUUAACGAAUGUGCUGAAAAGGGAGAGCGAAUUGUCGAAUAAUUUGGCGGUUUUACAAGGUAUGAUGAGUAUGUUGCUCGCUAGCCAAGUGACGAAUGCUGCGGAAACUAAUUUGAGUGAUAGGAAAGGACAUAAUUUAGUACCCAGCAAUGAUGCACAAAAAAAUUUUGUUCUUACUGUAACGUGAUGAUUAUGACAAUAAUUAUAAAUAAAAUUUGUUUUUAUUACAAAAU